AUGGUAGGUGUGGAGAUGGCGCUCAAGCCGUCGCUCGAUGAGGAGCCGUGCCCAGUUUGUGGAGAUAAAGUUUCCGGAUAUCAUUAUGGACUUCUCACCUGUGAAUCGUGCAAGGGCUUCUUCAAGCGGACUGUCCAGAACAAGAAGCAAUAUCAAUGCUCAACUGAUGCCAAUUGUCACGUUGACAAAUCUUGUCGGAAACGGUGCCCAAAAUGCCGUUUCGACAAGUGCAUUCGACAAGGAAUGAAAAUUGAAGCUGUGCGUGAGGAUCGCAUGAGAGGAGGCCGAAACAAGUUUGGCUCCUAUUAUAAAAGAGAUCGUGCCCAACGUGCUCAAGCACAGAGAUCAAACUUAGCUGCUCGUAAUGGAUCAGUUCCUCAACAAACUGCUCCUCACCAAAACGUAUUUUAUGUGCCAUCGAUGGAUCACCAAGUAACAAGCAGUACACCUGAUCAAUCAGCACAUAUCCAGUACUUCGAUACUCAAACACAUAAAAAGGCCGAUUAUGACGCUUUAUUACAAAGCCCAACUUUGUCAAGUAGUACGCCUAAUCAUCAAAAUUUCAUCAUUCGCCCAAGCGCAUACAUGCCAGGAGAUAGUGAAAGCUUAGCUGCAUUACUGGGAUCUUCCAUCGAUGACCAGCUAUUAAGAACGCCAACAUUCCCUGUUUACCCUACUGUUAAGAACGAACCUUUCGAGUAUUCCGAACCUUAUCUACAGCCGUUCCAACUAUCAUCCCAACCUCAUGUGAAUGACUACUCAGCUUUCCACCCUCCAGCCUCAUACGCCAAUGUGCCUAUGACAAUAGCCACAACCAUGGCACCUUUGAGUUCAACAAGCUCAGGAUCUGCCGGCUCGAACCGAUCCAGUCCAGUUUUACCCAUAUGCCCUGUUCCAACUGAAAAAACAUUCGAUUCUGUGCUGUACAGUACACCGAAGGACUCGAGCCUAAUGAAUAUGAUUGUGACAGCCCUACCACCAGAGAAUAGGAUAUACAAUAUGUUAAGUCGGCCAAUCACAAAACAUAUGGAGCCAUUUGAGUUUGUUUUGGCAACAGUUGAAGACAAUUUGAAUCAAAUUGUUAGUUGGGCCAAGACUGCACCAUUCUUCGGUCAAUUACUUAUUGAGCAGAAGACUUCCAUGCUCCGAAACUCAUGGGCAGCUAUUCAUAUCAUAGAUUUUACUUAUGCUGUUGCAACAUUUUCCCUCCGAAGUGAUUACAUCGAAAUCAGCGUUGGACGAACAAUCCCUGUUGGUCUCAUAGCCUUAUUAGGGUGCAACGUUCACUUGGAUAAAUGGAAUGAAAUUGUUACCCUCAUGCGACGGUUAGAAGUUGGUCGAUAUGAUUAUGCCGCUCUUCGUUUCCUGGCCCUACUCCAAGAACAACAAGAUCUCAGCUUAGAAUCAAAUGUUGCCAGUUGUCGACAUGCUCUCAUGCAGGCUUGGGAGAUUUACCGCGGAGGUCCUUUGAACACCCGACCCUUAUAUGAAAUUCUUUACCAAAUCAACCAAUUUGCUCAUACAUGUGUACAGUUCUUACUGGAGAACAAGAACGAAAUCACAAAUGGAGAUCGAGCUUCCUUGCUGUGCGAGAUGUUAACAUCUGGAAGAGAACAAAUCCAAUUAUUGCCUACUUAUGAUCACUGA